GCAAUACGUAGUUUUGCUUAAAGAUUGAUUAAAACAGAGUGGAAAAUGUUUAUCUAUUUGAGUAAGAAGAUCGCAAUUCCUAACAAUACCCGUCUCAACUGCAUAGCAUGGAACAAAGAACAGGGCUACGUCGCAGUUGGGGGAGAAGAUGGCUUGCUGAAGGUUUUGAAAUUGGAACAAGCUACGGCUAGCACGGUCCAGUCUGGAAAGGCACUGCAACCUUCAAAUCUGUCCAUGAACCAAACUUUGGAAGGACACAAAUCAUCGAUUCAUGUCGUUACGUGGAACGAAUCGCAGCAGAAGCUCACUUCAUCCGACAAGGAUGGGGUCAUCAUGGUUUGGAUGAUGUACAAAGGUUCAUGGUACGAAGAGAUGACCAAUGAUAGGAAGAAAUCAACUGUAAAAGGAAUGGCAUGGACCAGUGACGGGCAGAAGAUUUGUAUUGUAUACGAUGACGGAACUGUUAUUGUUGGAUCGGUGGAUGGAAAUCGAAUAUGGGGAAAAGAUCUCAAAAAUGUGUCCUUAACGGGUGUGCAAUGGAGCCCAGAUGGUAGGCUGUUGUUAUUCAGCAUUAAAACAGGGGAGCUCCAUCUCUAUGACAACCAAGGAAUUUUUGUGAUGAAAUUGAACAUUCAGUGCGUCUAUAUUACGCCUUCAAAAAGCAUAACUGUAGUAGGGUUGUGCUGGUAUCAUGAAGCAGUUUCGACUAAUCGGCCGGUACUUGCUGUUUGUUAUGAAAAUGGUAAAAUGCAGAUCAUGAGGAAUGAAAACGAUGAUAUUCCCGUGGUUGUCGAUACCAAUAUGCAGGCUAUAUCUUGUAUGUGGAACCACGACGGUACUAUAAUCGCUGUUUGCGGAAUGAAAACUAGUCUCAAUGACAAGGAAAGCAAUCAGGUUCAGUUCUACACACCGUACGGAGUGCACAUCAGAACUUUAAAAAUUCCCGGCAAAGAAAUAACGUCUCUAUCGUGGGAAGGCAAGUCACUUCGAAUAGCAUUGUCCGUAGAUUCGUUCAUAUAUUUUGCCAACAUCCGUCCGGACUACACCUGGUGUUACUUCAAUAAGACCGUUUGCUUCUUGGAGGCAACAAAAAAUGAAGAAACAUCGAUUGUUUCGUUUUGGGAUACCAAUUCAAAUCAAUGCUAUUCGAAGAAUGUGGAUCCCAUUAUUGCUAUGGCGGCAACGACCGACCAUUGCGUACUAGCAGUGGAGACUAAAAUCAGUGCUAAAGAAUUCAGUUUUAUGAGUGACAGCAAAAGCAAGGAUUAUAUGUACCAAUUAUUGGUUUGCAAUUCUAUCAGUACCACUGUGGAUUCAAAAUAUGUAGACAUCAGACCCAAUUUCAUUGCUAUGAACUCGACACACGUGAUUGUUGCUUCUAAGGAUCAAUUUUUGCUGUGGCAUUAUCAUACUCCAAAAGGAGCCUCCACAUUGCACGGAAAUGUAAAAGUAAAAAAGGACAAGAAGUACCACAUCGAUGAUACCCCUGCGCUGGACGUUCUUAAUGAUCUCGAUUCGAGUAACACCUACGACAUUCCAACCAAAAACGAGCCCAGUCAAGACCCGAUUUGCUGCAUUUCCACAUCCGAGAGUCUACUGCUCAUUGGCCGUGAAUCUGGAUUGAUUCACGAGUACACUCUACCACAUUUGGUCCUGCGGAACCGUCACUACUUGCAAACGAGAGGCUACAAAAUGGCUAUCAACUGCAACUCGACACGUGCUGCACUGAUCGAUUGCAAUGGAAUUUUAACAACGGUAGCUUUGCGGGAAAAUUUGGAUGACAGUCAAGCGAUGGAGGGACGAAUCGAACGAAAAGAUGUUUGGGCGAUUUGCUGGGCACGAGAUAAUCCCCAGUUGUUGGCCAUCAUGGAGAAAACCCGUAUGUACAUCUUACGUGGCCCAGAUCCUGAGGAGCCAAUCACCUGUUCUGGAUAUAUUUGCAAUUUUGAAGAUUUGGAAAUUACUGGCGUGCUUUUGGACGAAAUCAUAAAGGGAAACGCCAUCCCGAAUGUUAAAGAACAUAUUCUGCAACUGAGAGUAAAAUCCUUGAGGGAUACGGAAGAUUUGCUAUCUCACGUGGGAAUUACAGAGGCUAAACAGUUCAUUGAAGACAACUCGCAUCCACGUUUGUGGAGAUUACUGGCUGAAGCGUCUCUGAAAAAACUUGAUUUGGAAACGGCUGAAGCUUCUUUUGUGCGCUGUAGCAAUUAUCCCGGCAUACAGUUGAUCAAAAGGCUCAAUAGCAUUCAAGUUGAAGCUCUUCAGAAAGCUGAAAUAUGUGCUUUCUUUGGAGAAUUUGAUGAAGCUGAAAAACUUUACAUCGAUACAGAUAGAAGAGAUUUGGCGAUUACGCUGAGGCAAACUCUAUGUGAUUGGUUUCGAACAGUUCAACUCUACAGAAUGGGCCCUGGAAUAUCAGAUCAACAAAUGGAACAUGCAUGGAAAGAAAUUGGACACCAUUUCAUGAACAUGAGAGCUUGGGAGAGUGCCAAGGAAUAUUACGAAAAGGCCCACUACAUUGAAGGUCUCAUGGAUACUCUUUACCAUUUGGAACAAUAUGAUGAAUUGGUGGGUUGCAUGCAUAAGCUUCCCGAAAAGAGUGCACAUCUUGCGAAGCUGGGUCAAAUGUUGGCAACGGUGGGAAUGUGCGAGCAAUCUGUUGCUGCUUAUAUGAAGCUUGGAGAUGUCAAAUCAGCUGUAUCUACUUGCAUAGGUCUUCGCCAGUGGGGAUUGGCUGUAGAACUUGCUCAGAAAUACAAAAUGCCUCAGAUAAGUGCAUUGCUCAGCAAACAUGCUGCACAUCUUCUCCAAGAAGGAAAACUGCCGGAAGCUAUAGAGCUUCAGAAAAAAGCGGGUCGCUUCCUGGAUGCUGCCAGGUUGUUAGUUAAAAUGGCAGAAAGUGAGUCGGAGAAGAAAUCUGACUUUGUUAGAAUCAAACAAUUAUAUGUUCUCUCCGGUUUACUAGCGGAAGAACACAUUGAAAAACAGAUCUCACUAACAGGAGGAAACAGAGCUUCAGUGCUAUCACAGAUGAAUCCGGAAGACUCUGUUUUGAUUGAAAACAUCUGGCAUCACGCUGAAGCCUAUCACUACAUAUUGCUGGCUCAACGUCAGCUUCGAUCCGGUUUAUUGCAUAGUGCAGUAAUAACAGCCUUACGUUUAAGGGAAUACGAGGACGUGCUGGACGUGGAAUGUUUGUAUUCCCUAUUAGCGUUGGCCAGCUGUGCUGACCGAUCUUUUGGUACCUGCUCAAAAGCAUUCAUCAAACUGGAAGGUCUUGAACACAUCCCGGAGAUUCGUCGACAACAGUUUGAGGAGCUGGCCAUUAACAUCUUCUCGCGUUACGAUCCUAAAGAUGGUAAAUCGAAGAGUGUGACCUGUUUUACAUGCGAAACUCCAGUUGCUGAUUGUAGUACGCUUUGUCCGAACUGCGGCAGUCACUUUCCACCGUGCACUGCUUCUGGACAGCCGUUGACUAAUCCGACCGGGGCAUGGCAGUGCUCGACGUGCUACCACGUUGCAAACCCACUGGAAAUUACCGCACGGAAGACUUGCCCACUCUGUCAUACGACGAUCGUCACCAAAGGAAUUGUGGAAGUUUAAGCCUUGGUGAAAAAAUUUCCUUUUCUCACA